CUUUUUCCCGCCUAACAAGCGAGUAAAAAAUUUACAUGUGCAAUAACAAAAUAAAAACACAAAUCUUUAAUUUUUGUUAACUUUUUUCUCUAGAAUAGAGAUUUAUUGAACUUUUUCUCUCUUUUUUCUUUUUUCACUAGACAUAUGAAUUAAGUAAAAAGAGACGAACCGGUUAAACCUAACAAAUUUUUUAAUCACGAGUUUACGACUUGCUCUGUAAAAUGUAUAUUAAACAGGUAAUUAUUCAAGGUUUUCGAAGUUAUCGCGAUCAAACAGUCAUUGACCCAUUUAGUCCAAAACACAAUGUAGUUGUUGGUAGAAAUGGCUCUGGCAAAAGUAACUUUUUUCUAGCAAUCCAGUUUGUUCUAAGUGAUGAGUUUAAUAAUAUGCGACAAGAAGAGCGACAGCAACUUCUUCAUGAAGGUACUGGUCCACGUGUUGUUUCUGCUUAUGUUGAAAUUAUAUUUGAUAAUUCUGACAACCGCAUUCCGAUAGAGAAAGAUGAAAUAACUUUGCGAAGAGUUAUUGGGUCAAAAAAAGAUCAGUAUUUUUUGGAUAAAAAAAAUGUGACAAAAGCAGAUGUUUUAAAUUUAUUGGAAAGUGCUGGUUUUUCUCGUAGCAAUCCCUAUUAUAUUGUUAAACAAGGAAGAAUAAAUCAAUUAGCUAUAGCAAAAGACCAAGAACGUUUAAAGUUACUUCGUGAAGUUGCUGGAACAAGGGUGUAUGAUGAAAGGAAAAGUGAGAGUGAAGUUAUUCUUAAAGACACAGUUAGCAAACGAGAUAAGAUUUCUGAAGUUUUACAAUAUAUUGAAGAGCGCUUAGGAACUCUUGAAACAGAGAAGGAAGAAUUAAAACAAUACCAAAAAUGGGAUAAAAAAAGAAGAUGUUUGGAAUAUACAAUUCAUGACAAAGAGCUUAAAGAAACACGAGAAAAACUUGAUCAGUUAGAUUCAUCAAGACAAGAUGAAAAUUUAAGAGCAUCUGAAUUACUUCAAGAAGCACAAGAAGCUUCGGCAAAAGUUGAAGAGCAAAAUAAUAUGCUGAAAGAUGUUCAAGAAAAAUGUUCAGUUCUCAAUAUAGAAAUGAAGCAAUUGAAUGAUGAUAGAGACAAUUUUAUGAAACUAAGAACAAAAUUAGAGUUAGACAUUAAAGAUUUAGAAGAUGGUGUAAAAGAGGAUGAGACUUUAAAACAGCAAGCAAUUCAAGAACUUAAACUUAUUGAGCAAACAAUAAUUGAAAAAGAAAAUGAACUAAAAAAUAUUCUUCCUGAAUUUGAAUCAAAAAAAUCUAUUGAAGAAUCUUUUCAAGCGCGACUGCAAGCUUCUGAACAAAGGCGUACUGAUUUAUACUCAAAGCAAGGCAGAGGCAGUCAGUUUCACAAUAAAGAUGAUAGAGAUAAAUGGAUUCAAAAGGAGUUAAAGUUACUUUUAAGUAGCGUCUCACAGAAGGAACAGCAAAUUAUAAGAAAUAAAGAUGAAGUUGAUGAGAUUUUCAGGAAAUGCGCUCAAAUUGAUGCAGAAAUCAAAGAGAGAAAUGAAAAUCUUUCUACAAGAAAGAUAGACAUGGAAGAGUCAAAUAGAGAACUUGGAAAAUUAAAAAAAAAGAGAGACGAUUACACUAACAUAAAAAAUGAUUUGUGGCGGAAACAGAGUGUGCUUGAGAAUACAAUCCAAAAUACAAAAGCAGCUUUAAAUAGAGCUGAACAUGAUUUACGAAAAACACAAAAUCGGUCUGUAGCUACUGGAAUUGAAAGUGUUCGUCGUGUCGUGCAAGAAAAAGGUAUAACUGGUGUUUAUGGUACACUUAUUGAAAACUUUCAGUGCGAUGAACAGUUCUACUCUGCUGUUGAUGUAACGGCUGGUGCCAAGUUAUUCAACAUUAUUGUAGACACUGAUAAAACAGGAACUACAAUAUUACAACAUAUUAAUAAAAUGGAGCUAGGCGGUGAAAUAAAUUUUAUGCCAUUGAAUCGUUUACAUUUCAAAGAAAUUCACUAUCCUACAUCACCUGAUGUACUUCCUAUGAUUUCAAAAAUAAAUUUUGAUCCUAUAUUUAAACCAGCUAUGCAACUUGCAUUUGGAAAAAUGUUGAUAUGUCGAAAUCAAGAUAUUGCUUCACAAUUCUCUAAAUCUCACGAAAUUGAUACAAUAACUCUUGAAGGAGAUAAGUUCAGUCAUCGAGGAACACUAGAAGGUGGUCAUAUUGAUCUUUCUAAAUCUCGUCUAGUAUUGCAUAAAAAAGUAUGUGAUUUUAAGAAUAGUUUACAAACUCAAGAAGCAGAACUCGCUAAGUUAAAUUCUCAAGUUGAAGAAAUUUCUCAUAAAAUAACCAGAGUCUGCAGUGACUUACAGCAAGUUGAACUAACCCAAGAACAACUCAAAAAUACUUACAUGCAACAAAAACAGGAUGUUCAAAACUUGGCAAAAUCAAAAUCAUCUAUAGAAGCAACAUUUACACCCAAGAAAGCGAUGUUAACAAGUAAUGAAAUGGAAUUGUCGCGUCUUAGAGCUCAAAUAAAGUCUUUCCAAGAAGAGUUAGGUACAGAAAUAUUAUCUCAACUCACUCGUGAGGACCAGGAAGAAGUUGAAAAUCUCAACUCUGAAAUUAUGCAGUUAAAAAAUGAAAUCAAAUCCGUUCUCAAAGACCGAACUAUUUUAGAAGGUACGAAACAAAAUAUUGAAGAUUUGUUAUCUUCAAAUCUAUAUAAAAGAAGGGAUGAACUGCAAAUGAGACUAGAUGAUGCUGGUAUGGAAGGAAAAAAUGAGCAAUUAAAAAUGAAAGUCUCUGAGUUUAAUACAUGUGUAUCCUGGUUAGAAAAGUCGUCUCUUCGAAUUAAAGAUGUUGAAACAGAGAUAUCCUCAUAUCAAAAAAAAAUUAAAGCACUUCAAGUAUCACUGGAAGAAUGGAGGACAAUUGAAAAAGAAAAAAGAGCAGCAGUUGAAGAAGAUUCAAAAUUAAUGGAGAAACUUGCAAGCAAGAGAAGCAUUUUGCUAAAAAAGAAAGAGGAAUGUGCCAAGAAAAUACGUGAACUUGGAAGUUUGCCAGCAGAUGCAUUUGAAAAGCAUCACAAAACAGGAACCAAGCAACUUUGGAACAAGUUAAAAAUAGCCAACGACGAGUUAAAAAAGUACAGUCAUGUGAACAAAAAAGCAUUAGAUCAAUUUAUAAGUUUUUCAGAACAAAAAGAAAAGUUGAUAAAGAGGAAAGAAGAACUUGUAAGAGGUCAUGAAGCAAUUUUAGAUUUAAUGGAUGUUCUUGAACAAAGAAAACAUGAAGCUAUAUUAAAUACAUUUAAGCAGGUUUCACAAAACUUUAGCGAAAUUUUUAAACAAUUAGUGCGAGGUGGGAAAGCUCAAUUAAUUAUGAAAAAAGAAUUAAGAGAAGAAGAAGAACAUUCUCAUUCUCAGUCUGAUUCUUCGAGUCAAAGAUCUAUGAAAAAUUAUGACGAGUUUAGUGGCGUUUCAAUUAAGGUUUCAUUUACUGGAAAGAGUGCUGAGACUUUAGAAAUGAAUCAACUUUCUGGUGGUCAAAAAACCUUGGUUGCACUAACUCUGAUAUUCGCCAUACAAAAGUGUGACCCAGCCCCUUUUUAUUUAUUCGACGAAAUCGAUCAAGCUCUUGAUCCUACAUACAGAAAAGAAGUAGCAGCCAUGAUUCAUACACUUUCUGAAAACGCGCAAUUUAUAACGACCACCUUUCGUCCUGAACUACUCGAACAUGCAGAAAAGUUCUAUGGCGUUCAGUUCAAAAAUAAAGUCAGUCAUAUUCUUAAUAUAACUAAGGAAGAUGCUGAAGAUUUUGUAGAAGACGAAGCUCAAGAGCAAGCUAGGAAAAGUGUUACUAAAGAGUGAUAACGAUAAUGCUCGGUAGUGCUCAGAACCAUUAAUAAAUGCAGUUCAAAAGAAUGUAAAAUACUUUUUAUUUGUAAAUAACUUCUAUAUAUUGUUA